AUGAAUAGGCCUCUAAAUCCCAUUGACCCUCCCGACGAGCAGAAAAACGGGACUCUAUGCUGGAACAGCAUCCCUGACCCCCUUCAUCCAACUCGGAUUCGCGGUCAGAGUCCUGUCAAGCCUGACGAGCUGAGGUUGGCAGUCAUUUCGGUUGUGGGGAGACACAUUGUUGGCAUCUUCUUCUGCGAUCGAUCUCGAGACCGGUUCUCAGAAGGGGUAGUCGGGGAAGAGGCAGACGAAGCGAUUGCGGCUCUUUGGCUUUUAACCCCUUCAUGCGAUGGCUUGCUUUGUGUCUUUUCCGAGAGCCUAAAAAGUCCUGGAAGUGGGGGUUACUUUCUUGUGCUCAGGCACACAAUCCUCCUCGCCUGUCUGGCCUGUUCUACACACCCUCAGGGUCAUGUAACAUGA